CCGGCGGGGGCCCCUUCUCCUUCCGCCGCGCCUCGCCGCCCCGUGGCCCUGCUCGCGCCCCCCGCCCUCGGCUGCCGCAGCCCCGCGCCCCCGGAUCGGCCCGUCUCUCUCUCUGUCUGUGCCCUCCCGUCCUGCCCCGGCGCUGCGCAGCGCUUCCCCCGCCGGUCGCCCCCGCAGCCUAUGGCCCUUGAAGGCGCCGCUGCCGCCGCCUGUGUUUCUGCUGUAGGUUCCCACAUCCCUCUUUAAAAAUUCCGCCUAAAAAGAGAAGACGAUUUACCAAAUCUUUCGGGCCGUUAUCUCACGGCAAAAUCUCUGAUCAGGUUUACAACUAUCCAGAGGGUUUAGGAGAAGUGCUUUAUAGAGAACAGUUCGACUUCAACGCUGAGCCACCUUGGGAACCUAGCUGAUGAUAGUAGGGUUCCAUCUCCUAACUUGUCCAUUUUGUUGCAUAAUUUAAGGACCCGGAUAUAAGGCUUGGAAGUCCAUCCCUUGUGUUUCUUGGUUUAUGACUGUCGGCUUUGUGGAAUACGGCUGAGAUGAAAGGAUUUCUGGAGGAUGCAAAUUACUCCAUUGGCCUGUUGGAUGAAGGAGCAACUCUUGCAGAUGUUAUUGACAACUGUAUUUAUGAACACACUCAGACUGGAAAAAGAGCAUUUUAUGUUGGUGAUCUUGGAAAGCUUGUAAAGAAAAACAUACAAUGGCAGAAUGUGAUGGCACCGAUAAAACCAUUUUACUCUGUAAAAUGCAAUUCUACUCCAGGUGUACUUGAAAUUUUGGGAACUCUUGGAAUUGGAUUUGCAUGUUCCAAUAAAUCUGAAAUGGCAUUGAUACAAGAUUUGGGCAUUUCUCCUGAAAAUAUUAUAUAUACAAAUCCUUGUAAGCAAGCUUCUCAGAUAAAGUAUGCAGCAAAAGCUGGGAUAAACAUCAUGACCUGCGACAAUGAUAUUGAGCUGAAGAAAAUUGCACGUAGCCAUCCAAAUGCUAAGCUCUUACUGCACAUUGCCACAGAAGACAUUACUGCUGAUGAGGAGAUGAAUAUGAAGUUUGGUACCACCCUGAAGAACUGUAGGCACCUCAUGGAAUGUGCUAAGGAGUUUGGAAUCCAAAUAGUUGGUGUUAAAUUUCACAUUUCAAGCACUUGCAAGGAACUGCAAACGUACAUUCAUGCUAUAUCUGAUGCUCGGUGUGCAUUUGACAUGGCUGAAGAAUUUGGCUUUAAGAUGAACAUACUGGAUAUUGGUGGGGGCUUCACGGGUUCUGAACUUCAGCUGGAAGAGGUUAAUCAUGUCAUCAGGCCACUGCUAGAUGUCUAUUUUCCUAAGGAAUCUGGUGUUAAUGUGAUUGCGGAGCCUGGAUGUUACUAUGUUUCUUCUGCAUUUACACUAGCAGUUAAUGUCAUUGCAAAGAAAACUGAUAAACUUCUUCCUUCUGGGGUGGAGCAAACCAGGAAUGAUGAUGAACCAGUAUUUACCUAUUACAUAAAUGAUGGUGUUUAUGGUUCUUUUGCAAGUAAAUUGUCUGAGAAACUGAAUACUAUUCCGGAGGUUCACAAGAAAUACAAGGAAGAUGAGCCUCUGUUCACAAGCAGCCUUUGGGGUCCAUCCUGUGAUGAGCUUGAUCAAAUUGUGGAAAGCUGUCUUCUUCCUGAGUUGAGCGUUGGAGAUUGGCUGAUCUUCGAUAAUAUGGGUUCUGGUACCUUAGGUGAACAGUCUACUUUUAAUGACUAUCAGAGGCCACUGAUUUACUACAUGAUGUCUUUCAGUGACUGGGAUGAAAUGCAAGAUGCUGGAAUUACUUCAGACACAUUGAUGAAGAAUUUCUUCUUUGUGCCUUCUGGCAUUCAGCUGAGUUCAGAAGACCGCUUUUCCACUGCAGCUUAAACAGGCAUUAACGCUUCAUUUAGACCUGCAGUUGCAAGUCUGUAGUUUGUCUGGUCAGCAUUCCAAUGUGGAAGAAAUGGAACAAUCUUGAAUUCAAUUCAUUCUCUUCAAAACUUGAAAAAAUAGUAAUAGCUAAUUGGGACCAGGCAAAACCAGCUACAGCUACAAUUCACCAGGAUGUGUGGGAGGGUUAGAUAAUGGCAUCCAAAUUUAAACUUAAGUUUGUUCAACCCCGAGCGUUUAAAUAUGCAACAAAAUGGAUGACUUAGUGGAGAUGGAAACCCAUCACUUGGGUUCUUCAACAGUUUACAUACAAGUACACAGUUUUUAUACUAAGGAUUCCUGUUAGAAAAGUCUUGUAAAGUUAUUGUCUUUUGCCCAGAUAUCAGAUGUCAGUGGGAGACCGGUGUGACUUCAUUAGAUGUUUAGUGUAUUUAGAAUGUGUAAAUUUGUGCUUUGAACUGUAGUUUAAUAAAUGUAAAAUUGCAUCAUAGUAUUUGUUGUAUUUGACCCUUGAUGUACCCCGUGUAUGAUUGCAAUAAAACUUUGUGUAGAUUUUA